AUGGUGAGAAUUGGGAGAAUGCUUUUGAAGGAUGCUAGUGUUGGUAUCAGCAAGACUUUGUCAGAGAUACUCGUCUGCCCACUCUCAAAACAACCGUUAAGAUUAUGCGAGAAAACAAAUUCUUUGAUCAGUGACUCCAUUGGAGUGUCUUAUCCUAUAGUUGAUGGAAUUCCUCGUCUUGUGCCAACCGACGGUAAAAUGAUCGACUUAGAAGAAGGGUCCUCAACCAAUUCUACUGUUGGCUCGGAUGAUGGAAAGAUUAACCAUCAAAGAGGUAGUAGCUCUUAA